AUGUCUUAUUUUACUGCUUUAGGGAGCCAGGCUGAGAGAUCCUUGAUGAUACUGAGCACCCACAGCAGCACCAGCAUCGAAGAUGUGAAGCAGGCAGCACCAGAGGGCAUUUGCUGGUUCCAGGUGCAGAUCUUCAGAAACCGAGACCUUACAAGGAACCUCGUUAGCCGCGCCGAAGGGGCCGGCUGCCGAGCGAUCGUGCUCACCGCGGACAUGACAGUGACUGGAAAUCAUGUCGCCAGACGGAAGAAGGGUUGCAGCAUGCCGAAAGAAAUCAGGUUUGCCAACUUUGAAGGAAUCUUGGAAGACGGAUACACCGUACCCAACUCGCCGCUCAUCAGAAAGCAAGGACUGGUCGACCCUUCGCAGACCUGGGAUGACGUCAGUUGGUUGAGGAGCAUCACCAAGUUACCCGUGAUCCUCAAGGGAAUCACCACCGCCGAUGAUGCGGAGAAAGCCAUCAGCCACGGAGUUUCAGCGAUAAUUGUCUCAAACCACGGUGGCUGGCUGCUGGACGGAGUUGCAGCAACGAUUGAAAUCCUCCCUGAGAUCGUGAGUGCAGUCCGUGGCCGUGUCGAGGUGUACCUGGACGGCGGAGUCCGUCGUGGCACCGACGUGGUCAAGGCACUGGCACUCGGCGCCAAGGCCGUGUUCGUCGGACGUCCCGCCGUCUGGGGGCUGGCGUACAACGGUGAAGCCGGUGUGAGGAAGAUGCUCGCGAUACUGAGAGAGGAGGUGGAUCGAUCGCUGGCACUCAUGGGUUGCUCGUCCGUCGACCAACUGUGUCCUGAGAUGGUGGUGCACCACGACCACUUAUACAGGCCGACAAGCUUUGAGAGGUACUGCCAGUGA